AUGCAUCCCUGAACGCGGCACGCAGAGGGGGAGUUUACAUGUAUGUUGCUGCUCGGCGGCGUGUUGCAGCUGCAGCGUCUCCGGAGGAGCAGAGUCCUCAAACACCGCAUGAACACAGACGGAACCAGCGUCUUUCAUCCACCGGGGAGUCCGGACUGAGAUCCGGUUCUUGGUGAUGAUUGCUGUAAUAGAUGAUAUCUGUGUUUUCUCUGCAAGGAAGUCGACUGAAUCCAGCUCCUGAGAUAACUGAACACAAAAGUCAACUGAAUCUUGACUGCCAGGACUCUCUCAACAACUUCCUGUCUGUUUCCGGGGUUUGGAUGUCACCAUGGACAACAUCAGUGACUACUACAUUUGGCAGCGCCGGAUCCACCACGGAAUUAGGUAUCAGAAAGUUGCAGUCCCCUUCCCAGAGUCGGUUGAAAUCGGUUUGGAGUUUAACGCGGCGUUGGAAAGGAAGGAAAUGUUAGAUCAGAGUCUGUUGACGAAUGCUGUGAUGCUAGAGCUUUGUGACUUUGCCAAAACGGUGACCAAGUCCGAGAAGUAUUUCCUGUUUGAAAUGCUAGACUUCAACUUUGACCUUGGCGUGGACAUGGACGAUGACAUGCAGUACUAUGAAUACGCGACACGUGUCCACAAUAAAAUAAAGCAGCUGAAAGAACAAAUCAAGGUGAAACCCCGUAGAUGGAAAGAAGCAUUUCCGUUACCAGAUCUAAGUGUUAUAACGGCGCUGACAGGUUCAGAGGCGCCUGAACGGUACUACCCUAAGAGGAACAAAAUCGCAGAUAGCUCAGUCCUCACCAACGGCAGCAAGAAGAGCCAGACUUCAGAACAGGAGACAAGCGAGAGCAGCGGGGCUACAAGCAGUGUGUUCACUGUAAAUAUCAAAAAUGGAGUCCGAUUAAAACGAGCAGGUGAUGUUUACCCAUUCUGUAGAAACCUUGGGGUGACUCUGGCAGUUCGACCAGAUGAAACACCAAAACAGAAACUAGACCCAAAUCUGCUGACCAGCGGUGUGAUGUUGGAGCUUCUUGAUUUUUCCAGAGUGCUCUGUGGAACACACACUCAGAUAGUCAGCGAGUUGGUCAAGCACAAUUUUGGUCAGGAGUUGAAUAGAUUGGUGUUCCGCAUGCAAUAUAACAAGCUGAUUGAGAGAAAAUAUGCCUGCCUAACAGCUGAGGACAGAGACUCUUUUCGAAAGGAGCCUUUUAAAGUCCAGAUCAUCAACAAACAGGAACAGAAGCACAGAAAGAGAAAAAGCAUGGAUUCAGAUUAUCAAGAACUGGAAAGACUAACAAUAGCCAGUAAGAGGAGGGAAACGCUGAGGCACAGAGACGGCGAGGGCCAGGAAGUUUGUCCAAGCAGCGACUUGUCAUACACGUGUCCGAUUGAUUUUGAGACAGAAAUGCAGGCAGGCGCUGAUGUCGCACCAGAAAGAAUUAAGCUUGAAAGCUGUUUGUCAGGAACAGCUGUAGAAACAAAGUUAGCUGUGGAUGUAAAGCAAGAAGAUGAGGAAGUUUUUGUCUCUCCAGUGCUACCUCAGACUAAUGGUGUCAGUUCUUGUUUAAAUAACGGUCAUCGAAAGGAAAAUGCAGUCUCAGAUCUGUUUUCCGAAAACAAAAAUGAGAACAUAAAUGUAAAUGCACUGGAACAGAGGCUGUGGUUGAGGCGUGCCGCUCGCUCAAAACAAAUCCUGAACUCAAGCAGAGUUAACGACAUGUUCGCCCACUGCAGAUUAAUAGGCUUAGACUUUAAUGUUGGUUCAGGCAACAAACAGAACUUGGAUCUAGAACUACUCACCAACUGGGUUUUGUUAGAGAUAGUUAAAUUUGCAGGUGCAAUGUCGAAGAGUGUAGGGCGUUUCUUAUUUGACAUUAUGGAUAACAACUUCAACCUUGACCUCAAGGAUGACAUGCGUCAACGUAAUUUCAUAUAUUACUUCAUGACAAAAGAAAGGAUUCUUCAGAACCACCCUGACAGAGAGAAAACAGAGGUUCUCAACAGUCCCUUCCAGUUCCCAGAAGUUUACCACAUGGUUGAUGUGUCCAGCAAUUUUAAAACGGAACAGGAGCUUGAAACAAAGCAGGAGACAAACAGGGAUUCAUCAAUACCAGCUACAAGCAAGCAGAUAGACGUGGGGCCUCACCUUUACCCGUUCUGUAAAAAGAUAGGACUCAAUCUUUGGUCGACUGAAGAACAACCGGCGAGCCAGAAGCUUGAUCUGACUGUCCUGACCACUGGAGCUGUGGUCGAGAUAUUCAGCUUUGUCAGGGAGCUGUGUGGAGACACCCGUAAGACAGUUAAUGACAUCCUCGAGCACAAUUUCGAUGUUGAUCUGCACAGUGGUGCGAGCAAGGCUGCGAAGGUGAUCCGCAGGUGGUACGCGACACAGAAAAGCUUAAUGAAAAACCAAACUAUGUCACCAAGGAUACAUAAGUGGUUGAACACUGUUGUCCUGCUGAAUGGCCACUCACAGCUCAGUCCACAACGACCAACCAGAAAUGGUCCACGGGAUCUGGAUUCAAAAGACGUAAAACCGGGAACAGAAAGGAGCAGAAAUGUCCGACAGAUGAAAAAGGUCAACAACUAUCACAUCUGCAAAGAAAUAGGACUGGACCUUGAUGUCAGCUCGAAAUCAAAAGCCAAAACAAAACUGGAUUUGCGAGUCCUGACGAGGGGAGUCCUCCUCGAGAUGCACGACUAUGUAGAACGAAACUGCAGUCGUUAUGUUCCCGCUCUGUACGAGAUUCUGGAGUACAACUUCGACCUGAGCUCUCAGAAUCACCGGAAGGUGGAGUUCGCCUGGUGUAUCGCCUCUCAGGUGAUAGCCAUGGUGGGAAAAAAUGGCAGAAAGGCAGAGUAUUUGAACAGGGUGUUUGAGUUGCCAAUGGAAGUCUCAGAGUCCUCACAGAUCAUCUGCAAAGAGGAGCCAGAUGAUAGCUUUAGCGAAUCAGACAUUAAUGAUAGUGAUGACAUUGUGUUUGUCAGAAAGCUGAAGCCUGUUGACAUUGUGGUAGAAGUAGAAUAGAGUCACCACUGCUCAGAUUAGGGUUUAUCUUCUCAAUCAGUUGAUGGAGGGUUGCAACUGUUUUGAUGAUCAUUUUUCAAGCAGAGGUUUUUUCUUUUUCAGCCUCUUAAAACAAGAUAUUUUAGGACAUUUUUUGAUAUUUGAUAGGCUAAUGAUUGCUUGCUUAUUUGGAAAAACAAUGGCCAGAUUAAUCUAUAAGGAUAAAAAUUGUUAGCCGCAGCUCUAAAUUGAUGAAUCGUCUAUGAAAUGCCAUGAAAUUAUUUUUAAAAAUGCAAGAUUUUCACAUCGGCUUUAUCACCAUAAUCAGGUGUUUUUUCCAACCAGCAGUCUAAAACCUAAAAAUAAUUGCAACAAAAGACAACAAAUCCUCACGUUCAAGAAUCUGGAACUAGACUUUGUUUGGAAUCUUUGCUUGAAAAAUAGCGUAAAUGUGAAAUUGUUUGUUGAUCGACCACUCAGUUAUUUGUUUCAGCACAAAAAAGCAGUUCUAAAACAGUUUAUGCUCCCCUGAAGGUUGGAUUCAUUGCAAGGUGUAACACUAAAAACAGGUCUUCAUCAGUAUUUCAUCUUUACUGUGUUGCUCGCGCUACAUUUGUAUGAUUAAGUUUUCCACACAGAUCAACAGCGAGUCAGUAAAGUUAAUGUUAACAAUCAUUAGUUAUUAGUCCAGGUAUGAGUGGUCAAACAAUGCAAUCAGUGAACCAAAGUUUCUAAAGUCCCAUUGACUGACCAAACACAUCGAGUGUCAACCGUUUUAUUUUUUUCUGCCUCGGUGCCUUGAAUGACUCGUCUACAUUCGAAAGAUUAAGGCACACAUCAAAGAAGUUAAAAGAGGACAGUGUUGUAGUUCUAUAUCUUCAUCCACAGAUGUGGACCAGAAGCAGCUCAGUAUCUUUGGUCUGUUGAUGUUCUUUUUAAACAUAAGCUGCAUAACCAGCCAUUUGUGCUGAAACCAAAUGUACAUGUGGAUGAAAAAGUAUUUCUCCACUUUGGAUGUAUAAGUUUCUUUUUUAAUUCCUUCACUCCAUUCAUUAUGUUUUUUUUAAUGUUUUGACUUUUCUUGUUUUGCAGCAGGGAAACUGCAAAAUAAAGCACCAUUAACCU